AUGGCUCGCAAAGAUAGACGUCCAAGAGCAGCGGGAUGGACAGUACAAAAGCGCGACCAUCCCGGGUCGACAGCCGAGGACAUCAAAGACGAACCGGACUGGAGCACUACCAAGCACGUUACGAAUGGCACGAAAGCUGGCACAAUCGGAGGCGAGUACGACAUAAAGCAUUCAGCGGAUGUGCAGUCUGCGAAUGGUGAUCUGCAACGGACGAAGGAAGCUUCAAAACAGGGUGCCUUGAUCAACUUUCAGCAAGUUCUGAAAAACGACAAGGACUUUGGCUCGUCGCAAUCAGAGGAGCACUGGGUUGGGUGGCGGUACAUGCUGGAUUACACAGAGGCCGGCAUUAAAGACCAGGACUGGCCGAUCAACGCCAGCAAACGAGAAGAUGAAUGGAGAAAGGAUGGCGAGGAGAAAGAACAGAACGAGGAGGGCUCAAAGGAUAAUGCAGAUGGUGAACAGGACGAGCAAAGAGCAAAUGAGGAGGAAACCGAAUACGAUCGACUUACUCCUCAGAAACGAGCCUGCCUACGAGCGAUCAAGGAGGAGAGCAAGUACAUUCCCUACCUUGCGAACAACAACGGCAAGGGGCGUUCGAACGUACCAAAUCAUUCGUACACUUCGAUCGACGAAGCGGACCAGCUGACACCCGAUAGUUGGAUACCAAGGUCACCAGAGCUGAUUCGCCUCGUUGGCAAACAUCCCCUCAACGCAGAAGCUCCACUAUCGCGCAUCUUCGACUCCGGCUUCACAACACCCAACGAACUAUUCUAUGUCCGAAGCCACGCAGCGGUGCCGCGACUGGUCUGGGAGACACACCUACUCGAGAUCGUGACCUAUGGUGGCAAGACUACCAAGCUUUCCAUGAACGACAUCAAGAAGAACUUUGACGCCCUCAAUCUACCAAUUUUCAUGGCCUGCGACAACGGGCGUCGCCGCGAAAUGAAGAUGAUGAAACAAACCAAGGGCUUCAAUUGGGGUCCUGGCGCCGUAGGCUGUGCCUAUUGGAAAGGACCACUUCUCCGCGACGUUCUUCUCGCUGCAGGCGUUCCCGAGCGCAUGCCUGACCAGGAUGAACAGCGAUAUUUUGUGCACUUCCGUGGAGCGGAUGAGCCGAAUGAGCAUUAUGAGACGAGUAUCCCGUUUGAGUACAUCAUGGAUGAGUACAAUGAUGUGUUGCUGGCGUAUGAGAUGAAUGAUGUCCCUUUGCCGCCGGACCACGGCUACCCGAUUCGGUUGAUGGUACCCGGGUAUGUAGGUGGGCGGAAUGUAAAGUGGUUGGAGAAGAUCUGGAUAGAUAGCAAGGAUAAUAGUUGUUAUAUGCACAUCUGGGACGAUAGGGUGGUUCCUAGCUUCAUCGUAGACAUGGAUUCGGAGCUGGCGAGCCAUUUCUUCCACCUGCCGGACACCACUGCCUACGAACAGAUGCUCAACUCCGUCAUCACUAUCCCGCAGCAAGGCGAGACGAUCGAUCUCAAGAACAUCACAAAGGCCAAAGAAUACCGCAUCCAAGGCUACGCAUACAACAGCCACGGCGACGAAGUCCAAAGAGUCGAAGUCUCCCUAGACGACGGCAAGACCUGGAUGUACUGUAUCCGCACCUUUCCCGAAGCUCCCAUUCGACACGGGAACAAGUUCUGGACCUGGUGCUUCUGGCACAUCGACGUUACGGUCGCGGAUCUGGUCAGGUCUCCCGGAAUCACCGUCCGAUGCUUCGACGUGAAGAAGAUGACACAACCAGAGAAGCCCAUCUGGAACAUUCUCGGCUCGAUGAAUAACGCUCAGUACAUCGUCCGUCCCGAGAUGGUCACUGAUGGAGAUACGCCGCACAUCAUAUUCCGCCACCCGGUCGAGUCUGGUAAUGGCGAGGGUGGAUGGAUGAAGAAUAGUGCAGAGAAUGAGAUUGCACAAGCUGGACAAAAGACUGAUGUGCCGUCGAAGCAGUUUACGAAGGAGGAGAUCGAGAAGCAUAGUACAGAGCAAGACUGCUGGAUCGUGGUGAACAACUGCGUCUACGAUGCAACGAGUGUGCUGCCAUGGCAUCCAGGAGCCCCCUCCGACCAAGCCCUCCAAAAGCACCGCUGGGUCGCCGCAAAGCUCGUCAACAAGAAAUGCGUCUCCCAUGACACAUCACAAUACACCUUCCAACUCCCCGCGGGCACGCAAUACCUCGGCAUAGGCACCUGCCAACACAUCCAAUUCGGCUUCCACAUGCGCGACAGAAUGUUGAUGCGGCCAUACACACCCACCAAGCCCGUCGUGGACCGCGAUGGGAACGUCCAGCCCAGCGAUAAAGACCUCCGCGACGGGACAGGAACGUUCCAGCUCACGGUCAAGACGUACUUUCCCGAUGAGGGGCAGCCUGGAGGUGCGUUUUCGAAUAUUCUGGAUGCGCUGCCUGUUGGUGGGGAGGUGGAGAUGAAGGGGCCUGAUGGGGAUGCUGUGUAUCAGGGGAAUGGGAAGUUUAAGAUCCGGGGUGAGGAGAAGACGUUUAAGAGGAUCUCUCUCGUUCUCGGAGGAACGGGGUUGACGCCUGGGUACUCUCUUAUCGCGCGGAUCUGUCUAACGCCGGAGGAUGAGACAGAGCUGAGGGUGACUGAUGCGAAUAAGAGUGAGGCUGACAUCUUACUGCGGGAGGAGCUGGAGCAGUAUGAGGAGAACAGCGAUGGUCAGCUCAAGGUGACGCAUGUUUUGAGUGAGCCGAGUGAGGAGUGGGAGGGGCUAAGAGGGUACGUGACGGGGGAGAUCAUGAAGAAGCAUCUCUUUGGGCCAGAUGAGGGAAAUGUCACGCUGCUUUGUGGGCCGCCUGCGAUGAUUGAGAAAGCUGCUCUGCCGGCUCUGGAGGAGUGGGGAUUUGCGCAGGACGACAAUAUGUUCGGACUGUAG